UGCAGGAGAUUGGUGAGUCCUUGACUUCUGAGCCUCCUUGUCCUUCGCUCCAAGCUUCUCAAAGUACAUGUCCAUGGAAAUCUUGUAAGCUGCUACCACUACAAAGUUGCCUAUCUCUCUGCCUUUAUCUACCACUGUUCUGCUACAUGCAUCGGGACCCAUCUUGUUUGAUAAUGCCAUAGAGGUGUACCGGCGUCGCCCACUAGUUAGUGCCACCACCAUCAUCCGUCUUCACCAUUAUAAAGCCCUCGCCACGGCGUGUGUCUGCCACACUACUCUUCUACCACCCUUGCUUAUUGUUUCUCCUUGCCGACGCACCCCAUGGCCCUCGGUGACACCAAGCUUUCCCUCGAAGGCGUGGAAGGCCAAGCGCCCGACGUCGGGGAGCAAGACUACACCCAGCGGGCGCAGUGGCUGCGCGCGGCUGUCCUCGGGGCCAACGACGGGCUCGUCUCCACCGCAUCGCUGAUGAUGGGAGUUGGGGCGGUGAAGGACGACCCUAAGGCCAUGAUCAUCUCGGGCUUCGCCGGCCUCGUCGCCGGCGCAUGCAGCAUGGCCAUCGGGGAGUUCGUCUCGGUGUACGCACAGCUGGAUAUCGAGGUGGCGCAGAUGAAGCGGGAGCUACAGACGAAAGGCGACGGAGCAAGCGCCGAUCGGCUGCCGAGCCCGGUGCAGGCGGCAGCCGCGUCGGCGCUGGCAUUUUCGCUGGGGGCGGUGGUGCCGCUCCUGGCAGCCGGGUUCAUAGGCAACUACAAGGUGAGGCUGGGGGUGGUGGCAGCGGCGGCCAGCGCAGCGCUUGUGGUGUUCGGAUCCGUCGGGGCGGUGCUGGGCCGAGCUCCGGUGGGGAGGUCGUGCCUGCGGGCGGUGGUGGGGGGAUGGGCGGCCAUGGCCGUGACCUUCGGGCUCAUGAGGCUCUUCAGCGUCAGUGCCCUUUGAUCUCUCGUCCGCAUGUCGUGGUGAGCUCAGAACUGUAUGGGAGUAGUCUAAGCUGCCUCUCCUCCUAAGCUUGUUGGUGGAGGAAUAAAUGUUGUGGAGAAAUGGGAAGCCAAAUAGUAGCGAGUGUGAUUUAUGCACAUCAUCUCUUCAUCAA